CCUUAGAUCACUGUUCAUCAACGGAUCACUAGUGGAGGAGUAGUGAAGAAUUUAUUGUAAAACUCCCACAGUUUACUUUUCAAUAGCUUUGUUUUUUUCCUUCUCAUUUUGCUUGUAUUUCACUCUUGAUCCACCGAUUCCGUUUUUCCGAGCCGCCUAAUUCUCAUUUCUGGAUUCUAAUUCCUUCACAGCCGCUUUAAUAUUUUCUGCAAAUUACCGCAAUCCCAAUUAGUAAUACUAUUGCGCUGUAGCCCUCAUAUUUGGGUACUCAUUUUAGGUUGAAUGGACGAACUAGUCGGCCCUCGUCUCUACAGCUGCUAUAGAUGCCGUAAUCAUGUUUGCCUUCACGACGACAUAAUCUCUAAGGCAUUUCAGGGAAGACACGGACGAGCCUUUCUGUUCUCCCAUGCCAUGAACGUUACUGUUGGCGCAAAAGAGGACAGGAAUCUAAUGACUGGUCUCCACACUGUUGCUGAUAUCUCCUGUGUAGAUUGCAGCGAGGUGCUGGGAUGGAAAUAUGAACGGGCUUUUGAGGCAUCACAGAAAUACAAGGAGGGUAAAUUCAUAUUUGAGAAAUCGAAGAUUGUGAAGGAGAACUGGUAGCCCUAUGCCAGUAGUAAGUUUGAUGUAACUAUGCCUAAAAACUCAUGAAUUCAUUCAGUACAUAGGAUUUUAUUUGUUCCAAGUGUCCAUCUUGUACAGUCAUUGCUCGAAUAUCGAAAUUCAGCAGCGUUUGGCCUCCCAUCCGAACAUCUUAUGUAUUCCAAGUUUAUAAACAAAUGGUCUUUGUAAUAAUAUAAGUCAUCGUCUUGUUAA